AUGGGGGCCUGUGUCGUGAUGACCGACAUCAAUAUCUCAUCUGGCCUUGACAGCAACACCACGGGCAUCACAGCCUUCUCCAUGCCCGGCUGGCAGCUGGCACUGUGGACUGCAGCCUACCUGGCCCUGGUGCUGGUGGCUGUGAUGGGUAAUGCCACAGUCAUCUGGAUCAUUCUGGCCCAUCAGAGGAUGCGCACGGUCACCAACUACUUCAUCGUCAACCUGGCCCUGGCCGACCUCUGCAUGGCUGCCUUCAAUGCUGCCUUCAACUUCGUCUAUGCCAGCCACAACAUCUGGUACUUUGGCCGUGCCUUCUGCUACUUCCAGAACCUCUUCCCCAUCACAGCCAUGUUCGUCAGUAUCUACUCCAUGACUGCCAUUGCUGCUGACAGGUACAUGGCCAUCGUCCACCCCUUCCAGCCCCGGCUCUCAGCUCCUGGCACCAGAGCGGUCAUUGCCGGCAUCUGGCUGGUGGCCCUGGCGCUCGCCUUCCCCCAGUGCUUCUACUCCACCGUCACCACGGAUGAGGGCGCCACCAAGUGCGUGGUGGCCUGGCCUGAAGACAGUGGUGGCAAGAUGCUCCUUUUCAAGUGUCUCCUGGACCAGUUCGUGAAGACCAUGGUGCUGGUGGUGGUGACGUUUGCUAUCUGCUGGCUGCCCUACCACCUCUACUUCAUCCUGGGCACCUUCCAGGAGGACAUCUACUGCCACAAGUUCAUCCAGCAGGUCUACCUGGCGCUCUUCUGGCUGGCCAUGAGCUCCACCAUGUACAAUCCCAUCAUCUACUGCUGCCUCAACCACAGGUUUCGCUCUGGAUUCCGGCUUGCUUUCCGUUGCUGUCCAUGGGUCACACCAACCGAGGAGGACAAGAUGGAGCUGACCCACACUCCAUCCCUCUCCACGAGGGUCAACAGGUGUCACACUAAAGAGAUUUUUUUCAUGUCUGGGGAUGUGGCCCCCUGUGAGGCUGUCAACGGGCAGGCUGAAAGCCCCCAGGCUGGAGUGUCUACUGAGCCCUAAAGCCUAGUGCCUGGCUGCAGGGGGAGGCUUGGCACCUUUGAGAAAUAGCCAAUCGAAAGGACCACAUCUGAAAGUUUGGCCCAUGCUUCACCCUUGAGUAUAUCAAUGGAAAGACGAGAUGGGGGCCAGGAACACUGCAGUGGGUGCUACCUUUCCCAGCUAGCCCUUCAAACAGUGCUUCAGGGAUCCAAUAAUUCAAAGAAGACAGGGUGAACUAACACUUGUCUAAUCCAGGAGUUGCAAGGUCAGAUGCCUUCCUGGGGCAUACAACAUAAUGAGUAAAUUGAACCCAGUAUAAAAGAAAAGUUGUAGAUAUAUUGAUAAAAGAUAACUGACUUCCAGUGUUGGGGCAAUAGGGAAUGGUGGGGACUGUGGCAAACUGGAGGGCAUAGGAAUCCAAAGGGGACAGUAGCUGAUCAGUUCUUGGCAAAUGCUGCCAUGUGACUGAUCUUCUACAUCUUUCAAGAAAAGCCAGAAAUCCAAGUUUGUGAAACUUCCAGAAUUGUUAAAGUUGGCUCGCAUUUUUAUAAAUGUUGUGCGAACCAAACAAAACACACCUGUGGGCAGUACUCAACCAUGACAGUGAUUUAUUGUCAGGAUAAAGACACAAGGAAAGAAGCUUCUGAAUUUUGCAAAGCCCCUAACCUGUGAGCCAAUCCAGGGCUUCUCUGCUUUAGCAUCUAAGAACCCAGAUCCACCCCAGGGGAGGUGAUGGUUAAGGGGUCAGAAGGAGGCUCAGCUGGGUGGUCUCAAGACAAAGACCUUCACAUUGCCUUCUUCUUUCAGUUGCAAAACUACUUUGCAGGGAGGCUGUGAGGAUGAUGGGAGAGAUGCCCAUAAAUCAGCAAGUCCAAUACAUGUUAAGUGCUUCAUAAACAGCGUGUGUGCUC